AGGUUGGACUGCAACGAGGCGGCGGAGGCGCACCGACUCCAGGCGCACAAGUGGAUGGAAAGAGCCCCGUGCAAUGGAGAGGCGCGCUGCAGAGACCAGCUGAAGAGGAGAGGAGGGGGACGCUUUGAUGAGACAGGGGGGAAUGAAGAGUAGAACUCAGAGUUUUCAUGAAGAGUUGCGAUUAUUCUCCACAAUGGCACGGAUUUUCCUCCAUGCAAACGCGCACUUUGCAAAGAUGACAUAGCACUUGAGGAAAUGGGAUUCCUCCUGGAACAGAACUCACUCACGACCUGAAUGAAAAGAUAAAAGGGAGUCUAUUCAAAUCGGAUUUUUUUUUUCUUCUUCAUCAUCUUCUUCACUUACUUGAAAAAGGCCCGGUUGUGAGAGUUCAAUAUGAAUCUGGGCAAAGCACUCCUGUUCAUCCUCCUCUCUAACUGUGUGACAAUGACUUUCUCUCUGUCCACUUGCACCACGGUGGACAUCGACCACAUCAAGAAGAAGAGGGUGGAGGCGGUGCGGGGACAGAUCCUCAGUAAGCUCCGGAUGACCAGUCCGCCUCAAACCACAGGUCCGAGUCAGGUGCCGUUCCAGGUCCUGGCUCUGUACAACAGCACCAAGGAGCUGAUCGAGGAGCUGGGGAGAGACCGGCACCAGAGCUGCGGGCAGGAUAACACCGAGACCGAGUACUACGCCAAAGAAAUAUACAAGUUCAACAUGAUCAAUGGUCCGCCAGAUAACAAUGAUCUCCCGUCCUGCCCCAAGGGCAUCACCUCCAAAGUGUUCCGCUUCAACGUGUCCGUCAUGGAGAAGAACUCCACCAACCUGUUCCGGGCCGAGUUUCGGGCCCUGCGGAUCCCCAACCACAGCGCCAAGAGAAACGAGCAGAGGAUUGAGCUCUACCAGAUCCUCCAGAAAGAUGACCCCAAAGCCAAACAGCGCUACAUCGGGGGCAAGAACGUCCUGACCAAGGGAACGCCCGAGUGGGUCUCUUUCGACGUUACAGAGACAGUGAGGGAGUGGCUGAUGUACCGGCAGACCAAUCUUGGCCUGGAGAUCAGCGUGCACUGUCCCUGCCACACGUUCAGGCCCAACGGAGACAUCAUUGAGAACGCCAACGAGGUGCUGGAGGUCAAGUUCAAAGGUAUGGAGGCGGACUACGACGAUCUGAGCCGCGCAAAGAAGCAGAAGGAGCAGCUGUACCCGCACCUCAUCCUCAUGAUGCUCCCCCCACACCGGCUGGACGCCCCGUCCUCCUCCCGCAGGCGCAAGCGGGCGCUGGACACCAAUUACUGUUUCAACAAUUACGAGGAAAACUGCUGCGUGCGACCACUAUAUAUUAAUUUCCGGCAGGAUCUGGGCUGGAGGUGGAUCCAUCAGCCUGAAGGGUACUACGCCAACUUCUGCUCCGGUCCGUGUCCCUACCUGCGCAGCGCAGACACCACCCACAGCUCGCUGCUGAGUCUCUACAACACCUUGAACCCCGAGGCGUCGGCCUCGCCCUGCUGUGUCCCCCAGGACCUGGAGCCCCUCACCAUCCUCUACUACGUGGGUCGGUCCCCGAAGGUGGAGCAGCUCUCCAACAUGGUGGUCAAGUCCUGCAAGUGCAGCUAGAACGACGCGGGACGCGGCGGCUCCCGGCACUACUCGGCGCGAGGAAGCCAAGUCGGCAGGGUACACACUUCGUCUUCCAUGAGUACCUCUUCCCCCCCCACCCCUGCUUCGGCCCAGCCCCGCCUCUCCAGGAAGAAACAGACACGUAUUCCGCCACUCCGCAGCAGCAUCGACCAGGCAGAGCCGUCAGACACCACUCCACCCAGCAGCGCUCGCAGACCCCUCAGACCUCCAGUUCGCCCCGGACAUCAGUGUUUCUAGUGUUCUCUUUGUCUUCGAUAUUCCAGCAUUGUACCUCAUCUGAAUACACGGUAUUCGACGCCUGUUUUCAUUGAACGAGGAACAAUCGUCUCCCUCUGACCAAGGCGCUCUCAAGGACAUUAAAUCAGCCACAAAGACGACUGAGAAUGCAGACUGAGCUCAGCAGACUUGGGAGAGGCGACGGAGGGGGGGGGAAAUGAUUGUUUGCUGGGAGCAAACACGGCCCCUCCUCCUCCCCCUCUCUCUUCCCCGCCACCCACACACACACACACACACACACACACACACACACACACACACACACACACACACACAGGACACGUUUGGGUGUCCGAGCUGGAAACCGACGCUGUGCGCGCCACGGCUCCCUACACUGUUUCGUUUAGGAUGAAAUGCUGUUGAAUAAAAGUGAUCUUAGGAAAGAAAACACGAAAGAAAGAGAGAAAACAUGCUGGAAACCAGUCGUUCUUUUUAAAAGUAGUAUGUCCAUGGUUAUGUUUACCUCUGUAACGCGACAGGAUGUUGAUUCCAGGGAUUGUUUGGUUUUUCAAAGUGAAGCCUUUCUGUUGUAUGAGAUGAUGUAUGUCACUAAGUGAACUUAACUAGAUCACAAACUGUAAAUGUUUUUUUUUUCUUAUUACUCUUGGAAACACCUUUUUUUUAAUUAAAAAAAAUGGACAGUUGAAUAUGAUUGUUUGAUUU